AUGGAAGCGUAUUCGCUCACAAUCGAAUGGGCAAGGAUUCGUUCAAGCGGCAAGAAGGAAAAUGUUUCUCAACAUUCACAACAGAUUGUAAAUGAAGAAAAUUCACCGCAAGAUACGGCAUUGUUUAGUACUGAUUGUGGCAUGGAUGCAGCCGCAGAUAAAGAGAUGGAUGAUAAUGUUCUCAAAAAAAACCUACAAAGGGAAGAUAUUGAUGUGAGAUGUGUUGUGAAUACUCGAGAAGAAGAAAACAAAACAGAAGUAAUAAUCUAUCAAGGGGAGUGCGAUACACCGGAAGCCAUUACCACUGAAAACAAAAUUGACUACAAAACCCAAAGAUCUUUUCAACCCGGGGAGAACUCAAAGGCCUCCAAACGAAGGCAUAAGAGAGAACAUUUUGACUUUUUGCCUGGAAAACAAACAACUAUUGUAGCGGCUGAACACGACGACGGAGUCACAAAUAAAAUCAGCGGCUGCUUUUCAAAGCAAGAUGACAACAUAAAGAAAGCAAUUUGCUCAUGCGGGGAGACUUUUUCAUCUCGCCGAUCAUCCCUCAGUCAUCUCUUAAAUAACUGUCCGGUAAGCCUUUGUUUCAGAAUUGAUCUUGAAUGUGACGUAAGACAAGUGAUUGACGGUUGGCAUGGAGAUGAAAAAAACGCUGGUGAGGCUUGGUGGCAAGGCUACAUGAAAAAUGGGUCCCCGAAUGAACAACUGAAAUUAAAAGAUGAAAAUAUCGAUCGAUUGUCAGCACUAAUGGAUAACUUUAUAAACAUAGCCACUACAAAAACGCUCACAGAUCAGACAGGAAACUAUUUUGCGAUAAUAACAGGCCUUGACGAAAUUCCAAAUUAG